AUGUCUGCCCCACCAACCUCACAGAAGCUCCCCCUCCUGGUCGAUGGCUACGACUUCGACGGCGACAGCGCACGCGCUAAUCCCAACUGCGCCGUCGUCGUGCACUGUGUCGAACGUGACCGAACGAGGGACCCUGCUGCCGUGCAACUCUCCGCCGAACCGAUCGAUAGAGAUAGCCUGCGGCUCGUCGACCUGAGCAGCGGCACAGAUUCGAUCAAGCAUGAAAGCGCAAUCGACAGCGGCACUCGCAGCGACGAUGUCGGUGACGCUGACGACGACGACGACGACGACGACGACGACGACGAGUAUUACGACGACGAAGAAGACUUCAAGGGCCAGGUCGGUGGAGAGCUUUCCCAGAAGCUGGAGCAAGCGGCACGAGACGCCUUCCUCGCAUCCGCCCACGUCACCAACACAUCGUCGACCAUCUCGAGCCUCCUCGACAGGCUGCCGAGCGAGCUCGUGGGCCUCGCCACGCUAAAGAGCGCCUCGGAUCGCCUCGCGGAGCUGCCACUGGUCAGCCGCACCACGUUCGUCGUCAGAGGACCUGCGGGCCACGGCAAGUCGACGUUGAUCAACUCGAUCCUGGGCGAAGCCAUCCUGCCCAUCUCGAGCAACGAGGCGUGCACCACCGUCCCCACCCGUAUCCUCCACAGCCCAUCUCCCGACCUCUACCGGGCCGAGGUGAGCUUCAUUUCCCUCACCGAAUGGGUCUCGGAGCUCAAGGCAUACUGUACGGCCAGGCUGCAGGGCGUGUUCACGCCACCUGGUAGCCCGACUGUAACCAGCCCAAUCGCAGCAGCCCAGCCGGUCUUCUCCUUUGAUGCCACCGUCGCCAAGCUCAACGUCCUCUACGACGGGACGGAUUGGGGUGAAUUGACGGAAGACCAGUGCGACUGCACUCCGACAGGGAUUUUGGAGCGCGAUGCCCAGCUGCGCGGCCUUCUGGGCACGACGACGCACCUCCGCGAGACGUCAGCCGAAGAGUUGAGCCGGAAGCUGCGCCAGUUCGACGACCCGAGGACCUCUCGCGUCUGGCCGCUGGUCAAGGAGAUCCGUGUCUACAUCCACUCGAAGCCGCUCGAGCAUGGCGCCACACUCAUCGACCUGCCUGGCACGGGCGACUGCAACGCUGCCAGGAACGAGGCGGCUGCGCGAUACGUGCAAGACUACGACUUUAUGUGGGUCUGCCUCGACCUCUGCCGCGCCAAGUCGAACCGGGAGAUGGCCGAGGUCUUUGCCACCCUGUCCGACGAGCAGCUGCGUAGCGGGAGGGGUCGGAUCUCGUUCGUCCUAACGAAGAGCGAGCAGGGAUGCAAGAUCCUCGACCGGCCGCUGGAAGCCAUCCACCAGGACGUAUCGGCCCUGCGCGACGAUGCCGAGUUCGCAGACACCCAUCAACGUUAUCGCGACGUCGUCUCGAUGAUCCAAGACAGACAGACGGGGAUCCGUAUGACGCGGAGCAGGCAGGCACAGCCGCAGCGCAAGAAGCGUAGGAGGACGGAAAAGCAGUCCGAGGGCCUCGACGAGCUCAUCGACGAGCGCCGCGAGCUCAAGCAGCAGCUGGCCCUGACCUACUGCAAGGCGCGCUCGCAGGCCGUCGAAGCCGCCAUCACGGAGCGCUACCACCAGAUGACGCACAAGCUCAUCCACCGCCUCCACGGCGACGAGGAGGACGUCAAAGCAAGCGCUGGCCUCGCCAAGCUAGUCUACAGCACCGCCACUCAGGACUUUGAGGCGCUCAUGACGCGCGACGUUGACGAGGUCGUCUUUGCCACUUGCGAAAAGGACACGGGCGUCCCGGACCUGCGCCAUCUGCUCUUCUGGACUUCGUGCCGCGACCGCAUCAGCUGCGCCCUGUCGCGGCUGCAUUCGACCUUGCUGAUGUCGACCGAGGUCCUGAUGCUGACGGAGCCCUCGGCGUACCUCGAUGCGAGCGAGCGCAAGGCGCUUGCGCAGCGGUGGGGCCCCUCUCGCCCCGCCGGCCAGCUGAGCAUCUCGGAGACGCUCGAGCUCGAAUUUGAGCAGUCGAUCCGCAGGAUCUUCAAGCGUCUCGAGGCCGAGAUGAUCCAGCAGAGCACCGAGCUGCUCGAGUCGAGGCAGAUCGAGCUGCGCCAGGAGCUUGGGUGCCGGUGGUUCCGUCUGGCAGAGACGAGGCACCCGGUCGUGAUCCGAUCGGCGCUCAAGGGUGGCGGCGUGCAUCCCGCCGGCCAGCUCGACAUCAACGCCGAGCUCUCGACCGAGUUCAUCAAGCUGUUCGAGUCGACCUGGAACGAGACCAUCGGCAACUACGUCCACUCGCUCCGGUGCGACAUCGCCUGUACGCUGCGGCGAUUCAUGCACGACACGGUCGACGCGCACCUGUCCGCGCCGAUGCGGCUGGCGUUGAGCGAGUCGAUCGCGCAGAGCCAGGACGAGCUGACGCGCCAGCUCCAGGUGACCAUCCAGCGCUUUCAGCGGCAGAGCCGUAGCGACCGGAUCGAUGCGCUCAACGCCGUCAUCGCGCCCAAGAUCGCAUCCAAGCUGCGGCGGGCGUACGCCGAAGCGGCCCUGUACGCGGGCAGGGGCUCGGUGGCGCGGCGGCGCGACCGCAUCUCGUACGAGGUCAGGAACCAGGUGCGCCUCUUCGACUGCACCCCCGACGACUUUGAUAUCCCCGCCAUGGUGCGCGCCAUGCGCGACAGGGUGCGCACACCCAUCCUCGACCUCGCACGCUGCCUCGAGGACACGCUGGUCAGGUUCUCCCAGACCGGCGGAUGCGACUUCAGCUCGCUCGAGGCGCAGCAGAAGGAGGACCUCGAGUCACUCCGUGCCAACGCUCUUGAGCUCCAAAACUUUGCGAGCCGGACGCUGGUGUCGUUGCAGCAGGCCAUCGCCUGA